UGCAAAUGAAAUGAAAGAGUACAGCCUUCUCAAAGAAUCAAGCAGAAAUUUUGAGUUUUAUAAAUCAGGCAAUGUCCAGGUCAAUGUUGUAUGAGUAGGCAUAGCUUUGCCUGUAGAUAUGGGGUGGACAGAUUUCAUGCCCCUUUUACAGAACAGGCAAUAAAGCACUCCCAGCUCUGUGCUGGAGGCAGGUGAAACUUGUAGAACUCUUAGAAAAAUAACUAAUUAACUAGACCAGAACAGGUGUCACAUGCUCUGAGAUAAUCUGUUUGGGCAAAUUCAGCCCAAAGUGUUGAUGUAGCUAAACUGUAAACAGGUUAGGUUUGCAAAAUAUUUUGGGAAAGUUACUUCUGUGAACUCUGCAUGCAAUAACAUUUUUUCAAAAUUACUUUACUAGAAUUGGUCCUUCUAACAUAGGUAAAGUUUCCAUUAACGUUUUUUAUUUGGAUUGCUGAGUGCAACAAUACAAAGCAGAGGCAGUCUGAGAUCCUCUUGAAUGAUGCAUGUGAAGGAAACUAAGUGAAACUGAUACUGUUGAUGAAUUUGCAUGGCUAUUCUGUAUACUUGGCAGCCAGAGGAAGCUGGAGGCAUUUUGUUUGGAUGGAAAGGUAUAGGCAAUUGAGGACAACACUUCUUGCUGUCCAGAGAUGGAAAACAACAUAACUACUAUCUCUCGUGAAGAGCUUGAGGAACUAAGAGAAGCGUUCAGUAAAAUAGAUAUUGACAACAGUGGGUAUGUCAGUGAUUAUGAGCUUCAGGACCUGUUUAAAGAAGCAAGUCUGCCCUUGCCUGGUUACAAGGUCCGUGAGAUUGUAGAAAAAAUCAUUGCAGUGACAGAUAGCAACAAGGAUGGAAGAAUCAACUUUGAAGAAUUUGUCUCUAUAAUUCAAGAACUGAAAAGUAAAGAUGUUAGCAAAUCUUUCCGAAAAUCAAUAAACAAAAAGCAAGGUAUUACAGCAAUUGGGGGAACAUCAGCAAUAUCUAGUGAGGGGACACAACACUCUUAUUCAGAGGAAGAAAAAGUUGCUUUCGUUAAUUGGAUAAAUAAAGCUCUACAAGAUGACCCAGACUGUAAGCACCUCCUACCCAUGAAUCCAUCAGAUGCCAGUCUUUUUAAAUCCCUUGCAGAUGGCAUUCUCCUUUGCAAAAUGAUCAACUUUUCACAACCAGAUACAAUUGAUGAAAGGGCUAUUAAUAAGAAGAAACUCACUCCUUUCACUGUCUCUGAAAAUCUAAACCUGGCUCUGAACUCAGCAUCUGCUAUUGGCUGUACGGUUGUCAAUAUUGGAUCACAAGAUCUGCAAGAAGGAAAACCACACUUGGUGUUGGGACUCUUGUGGCAGAUCAUUAAAGUUGGUCUUUUUGCCGAUAUUGAGAUCUCCAGAAAUGAAGCUCUUAUUGCCUUGCUAAAUGAGGGGGAAGAACUAGACCAGUUAAUGAAGCUUUCCCCAGAAGAGCUCUUGUUACGCUGGGUGAACUACCAUCUGGCCAAUGCAGGAUGGCAGAAAAUCAGUAACUUUAGCCAAGACAUUAAGGAUUCAAGAGCAUACUACCAUCUGUUAAAUCAGAUUGCACCCAAAGGAGAUGGCCUUGAUGAACUGCCCAUUAAAAUUGACUUUUCAGGAUUUCAUGAUAAAAAUGACUUGAGGAGGGCUGAGUACAUGCUUCAACAGGCAGAUAAAUUGGGCUGCAGACAGUUUGUUACUCCAGCUGAUGUGGUUGCAGGCAACCCUAAACUCAAUCUGGCUUUUGUUGCAAAUCUCUUUAACACAUAUCCAGCCCUACACAAGCCUGACAACUCAUCUUACGAUUUCAAUUUAUUAGAAGAUUUGACCCCUCCUAAUGUAGGAGAAAGUAAGGAAGAAAGGACUUUCAGAAACUGGAUGAAUUCACUGGGUGUAAGCCCAUAUGUUAAUCAUUUAUACAGUGACCUCUCUGAUGCUUUAAUAAUCUUCCAAUUGUAUGAUAUGACUCGUGUGACGGUUGACUGGAACCAUGUCAACAAACCUCCUUAUUCAUUACUUGGCGGUAACAUGAAAAAGAUUGAGAAUUGCAAUUAUGCAGUAGAACUUGGGAAGACGAAAGCCAAAUUCUCACUGGUUGGUAUUGCUGGACAUGAUCUAAAUGAGGGUAAUCCAACUCUUACUUUGGCUUUGGUAUGGCAGCUGAUGAGAAGGUAUACUCUGAAUGUACUAUCGGACCUCGGAGAGGGGGAAAAAGUAAAUGAUGAAAUUAUUAUUCAGUGGGUGAAUCGGACACUUGCAAAUGCAAAUAAGAAAACUUCAAUUACAAGUUUCAAGGACAAAUCAAUUAGCACUAGUUUACCUGUCCUAGAUUUAAUAGAUGCCAUUGCACCAAAAGCAGUUCGUCCAGAAAUGGUCAAGAGACAAGAUCUUUCUUACCAAGACAAAUUGAAUAAUGCUAAGUAUGCUAUUUCAGUUGCUCGAAAAAUUGGUGCUCGUAUAUAUGCUCUCCCAGAUGAUCUCGUUGAAGUGAAGCCAAAAAUGGUGAUGACAGUGUUUGCAUGUUUGAUGGGAAGAGGACUGAACAAAAUAAAAUAAUGAAGACGUAAUUUAACUUCCUGCCAUGUUAAGCACGAUGAAUGCCUCACGGUUUACAGAGUUCUGAAGCUUAGUAUAAAAUUUAUAUGCACAAAUAUACUCAUUAAUUAUGUUUUAAUAAUAUGUUUAUUAGUUAAAAUUUUAUUCAGUUUCACGACAUGCUGAUUAUUUAUGGAUAAUAUUGUUUUCAGAACAUGUUCAUAACCAAAUUAACAUCACAGAUUUGUAUUCCUUUAACACCCCACCACCCCCCAAUAUUAAUCAAGCUUCAUUUGUAUUUGUUUCCAUAGCAUUGUAAGAAUCUGCAUCAUUUUACAUAUGUUAUUUCAGGACCUAUUGUGAAACACUGUUUGAUUUUUUUGUGGGUGUUACUUAUAGUUCUACAAGUCUCAGAACAUAAGUUCUCACAGAAGUUAUCAUCCUUGCCUUAUUGUUUGAGAACAACUCCUGUUGAAGCCAAUGGGAGUCUUGUCAUUGACUUCAGUGAGAGCAAGUGAAGGCCUAUGAUAAUGUCUGGAACCUAAUGAAUGUUCAUAAAGCUGAUGAAACUUUUUUGUGGGCAUAAUCUUUAAAUAUAUGCAGUAGUUAUUGAGCAGCAACUUUUACGGUCUGUGUGUUAAGAAAAAACAGCAAAUAGUAAGCAGAAAUGUAAUUGUGUCAUUAUUAGGUCUGCAUAUGCGCUAGCUUUUGCAGUUGAUUUUUUUAAAAAAUUUCGUAAAAUAUUGUAUAACAAAACAAUAAAGAGCUGACUUGUCCA